UUGUUCUUUCCAAAAUGCCUCCUCAUUUUCUUUUUCCUUUAUCUUCAGUCGAAUGGGAUCAACAGUGGAACCCAAGAGGAUCAAAUUAAUGGCGAAAGGCCGUCUGCUAUUCCAACUAUUCCAGGUGUUCAUGCAGAAACCCUAGACUCCAUUGGCGUAUCGGGUGACCUAAGGCCCAGUAACGCUAAUGGAUUUCACUCUGAUGCUGAGAUAGAUGAUUUUUACUCAAUAUGGCCCCAUUCGAUCGGCCGACUGAAAUCGGCUUUUAGGCACCUUCCCGUUUUGCGCAAUUCUACACCCGGCGUAGCCCCCCUAACUGCGUUGGCUAUCUUUGUCUGCUGUGCCACUGGACUCGCUUUUCUUGCUCUUGUAGCCACCGAGGCGGUGACAGCUGCCAAGUGGUGGGCUAUUCUCGGUCUUAUCGUCUGUCUGCCCCUGGCUCUUGCCAGUCUCUUUAUCAUGCUUAUUCAUGAACAGAAUACUGCAUUUGACACAUUCAAGGUGAGUCUUCUUCUUUGA